UGAUAUCCCAACUACAGGUCAUAUGACAUUUUGAUAAUUUACUCGAGGUGGAAAAUUUGGUCUUGUGGCCAAUUAAGUGAUCAUUUCCUUGUGAUUCCGAGUGAAAAGUGUCUUGAAAAUGACUGGAUUCAUCUUCAACAUCGACGGGGGAUACCUGGAGGGCUUGUGCCGUGGAUUCAAGUGCGGAAUCCUCAAGCAAUCCGACUAUCUCAACUUGGUCCAGUGUGAGACACUUGAGGACUUGAAGCUCCAUCUUCAGGGUACUGAUUAUGGUCAGUUCCUGGCCAAUGAACCCUCCCCUCUCACGGUGUCCGUGAUUGAUGAUAAGCUGAGGGAGAAGCUGGUGAUUGAAUUCCAGCACAUGAGGAAUCACGCUGUGGAGCCUCUGUCUACCUUUCUGGACUUUAUCACUUACAGCUACAUGAUCGACAACAUUAUCCUGUUGAUCACUGGCACCCUUCACCAACGCCCCAUCUCUGAGCUCAUUCCCAAAUGCCAUCCACUGGGAAGCUUUGAGCAAAUGGAGGCCAUCCAUGUGGCUGCCACUCCAGCUGAGUUGUACAAUGCCGUACUUGUGGAUACUCCAUUGGCUCCAUUCUUUGUUGAUUGCAUCUCCGAGCAGGAUCUCGAUGAAAUGAACAUUGAAAUUAUCAGGAAUACGCUGUACAAGGCCUACUUGGAGGCUUUCUAUGAUUUCUGCAAGAAAAUUGGCGGAACUACGGCUGAUGUUAUGUGUGAGAUUUUGGCUUUUGAAGCUGAUCGCCGAGCUAUCAUCAUCACGAUUAAUUCCUUCGGGACAGAACUGUCCAAGGAUGACAGGGCUAAGCUGUAUCCACGCUGUGGAAAGAUGAAUCCCGAUGGAUUGGCUGCAUUGGCCAGAGCUGAUGACUACGAACAAGUUAAGGCAGUUGCAGAGUACUAUGCUGAAUAUGCUGCCUUGUUUGAUGGAUCCGGAAACAAUCCCGGCGACAAGACACUCGAGGACAAAUUCUUCGAGCACGAGGUGAAACUGAAUGUUUUCGCCUUCAUCCAGCAAUUCCACUUUGGGGUUUUCUACUCAUAUCUCAAGCUGAAGGAGCAGGAAUGUCGCAAUAUUGUCUGGAUUGCUGAAUGUGUUGCCCAGAAGCAUCGUGCUAAGAUUGACAACUACAUCCCGAUUUUCUAAGUAGUUUUUUCUUUUGUCUUCAGCAUCAGAAGUACACAUUCCUAAUCCUUCAGAUGUCUUUCAUUUCAAAGCUCUUCGGAGAGUAUAAGUGUAAAUUACUGGGUUUUAUUUCCAAAAAAAAAACAAAUGAGCCAACUCGUCCGGGAAGAACUCCCGGACGAGGGAAGUGCGCAGAGUAUUAGAGAAAAAGUUGUAUAUAAAUUGUAUUUAUCGUUUAUUUGUUGAUUGUUAAAUGCUGUGGAUGCUUCCUGUGGGAGGUAGAUUUGUGAAUUGUGCAGCAAAUAUCAUCAAUAAAGGCAAAAUUUUACGUGAAA